AUGGAUGGGCAGGUUGCAGCUCUUGUGUCUGUGAACACGCUUGAUGAACACGAUGAGAGCGGGUCAGCACCAGAAAUGCUGCGAACGCAUGCCGCAGUUUGCAGCGAUGGGGAACUUGAAAAGGGCUGCUCGACUGCAUGGGGAGGGGGGCCAGACGCGCUCACCAUGAAGGAGGCGUGUGGGACAUCGACAGCUGCGGAUUCGCCGCCAGACACUUCACCAGUUGUUCACGCACAUGCAGAGAUUCCAGCAACUGGUGCGGGUGAAGGUGCUUGCGAAGGAGAACAUGUUCAUGCAGAUUCAAUCGCUUGUAACGACCAUUCAGAUGGAUCACAGCAGCAACAAACGCCCCCAUCUGCCAUAGCUGCACCGGUCAGCGCUGAUAAAGAAGAGGAAGUGGCUGCCGAUGCAGUGCCCGCAGCUGCAGCGACGGUGGCGGCUGAUGAGCCGGACAAAUCAGAGAAGCCGCUGCCGAUGCAGUGCCCGCAGCUGCAGCGACGGUGGCGGCUGAUGAGCCGGACAAAUCAGAGAAGCCAAUAG